CUCUGUAGUCCGUGACAAGUCAAAUUAAUCCACCUGUCAAAUUUUUGAUUACUCACGAAAGUAACUAAAAAUUAUUUCUCAAACUUUUGUAUUAUACUGGUUAUUUUGCUGCAGUUAACAAGCAUUUAUAUCAGUCAAGAUGUUCCUCACCCGAUCGGAGUAUGACCGAGGCGUCAACACAUUUAGCCCUGAAGGUAGGCUGUUCCAGGUGGAAUAUGCGAUUGAGGCUAUAAAAUUGGGUUCCACUGCGAUCGGCAUCUCAACUUCGGAAGGUGUUGUUUUGGCUGUUGAGAAGAGGAUUACCUCUCCCUUGAUGGAGCCAACAACUAUUGAGAAAAUUGUUGAAGUUGACAGACAUAUUGCUUGCGCUGUCUCUGGCCUGAUGGCCGAUUCAAGAACAUUAAUAGAGAGAGCUCGUGUAGAGUGCCAGAACCAUUGGUUUGUGUACAAUGAACGCAUGAGUGUUGAGUCCUGUGCUCAGGCUGUGUCUAAUCUAGCCAUACAAUUUGGUGACAGUGAUGAUGACAGCGGCACAGCUAUGUCCAGACCAUUUGGUGUAGCUGUUAUGUUUGCAGGUAUUGACGAAAAGGGACCACAACUAUUCCAUAUGGAUCCCAGUGGCACGUUUGUGCAGUAUGAUGCUAAAGCAAUUGGAUCUGGCAGCGAAGGUGCACAACAAAGUUUAAAGGAGGUAUACCACAAAUCCAUGACGCUCAAGGAAGCCAUCAAGACUGCGUUAACAAUUCUGAAGCAAGUGAUGGAAGAGAAAUUAUCUGAGAACAAUGUGGAGGUGGUGACAAUGACGCCUGGAUCACUGUUCCAUAUGUUCACUCGCGAGCAGCUUGCUGAGGUUAUUAAAGAUAUACCUUGAUUUGUUAGUAGUCUGGCUGAAGCGUAGUUUGGUUAUCGGUACUGUUGUUUUGAAACAACCAAGUUUCUAUAAUUUGGUUGUUUCAAAACAUUUUACUUAGUAUUCAUCACAAUUUACAGCAUUGGUGAUCCACAAAGUCUAUGCAUUAAUGAAUCUUUUAUCAGGUACCUCCUGUUUUUAAAUCUUAUAUAAAAUGGUUAUGUUUAAGUUUAAAUUUAUGUCUCCUCAAUCAAUAGAAUUCAAAUCACAUGGAUGCAUUCAGCUAAAUAACAUUUUCCUAAAUUCUUAAAUCCAAAUGACCUUAGGAAUAUAAAACCAAACUACGCAAUUUAAAGUUAGCCAACUCAGAGUAUUUAUGAACUAUGUAUAAUAAGUAAUAUCUAAAAUAAAUUGUUUUAUAAAUUGAUACCAUUUAUGUUGAAUGUAACAAAAUGGUUUGUAUUGUAUUUUAGUUUUUUUUGUUGUCGAACAUGUAUGUUUAUAGAAUCAUUAUACCUACUUUUUGUGCUAUGUUUACUUCUGAAAAAUGAAGCUGUAGCUUAUUUUUAUGUGUAUGUAUUUCAUGUAUGUAGUGUACUAAAAUAGUAUAAUUUCAAUGGAAGCAUUUUGUAUCAAUGUAAAAGUAAUGCAAUUUAUUUCAUGUAUUACUUUGGUGUGGGAGUUUAUAUAGAUCAUAAAAUAAGUUCGAAUUUUAAUAAAAACUUUUUUUAAAUGA